UUUUCCCGUUCGAUGGGAAAAGGAGGUUAUGGUUACACUCAUGUUAUGACUGAUGCCUGUAUCUGAUUCUCCAUACCUUCAUCAUCGUCAACCCGGCCUGCCGAACCAUCGAGCUAUGCCAGGGAUGCGCUUCCACACGACAGGAGUCAAGUUGGCGAACUCCGCGAUUAUUACGUCGUCUGGAUGGCACACACAUACUAGAUUGGAUUGUACACUUUUUCACUUUCCCGAGGUGCACAUGGUAAACUGAGAUGAAGGGAAGCUAGCGGACCACGCAUCCCACGAACCUUUCGUAAGAACCAAUUUGGGUUCAAUGGGGGAUGACGAAGAGCGCCAACCUCUGAAACACUCUCAAGGAGCGGCCGUGAUCGGCAUCAGCCAUGGCUCAGCGUCACGGGCGCUAAGUACACAUAGCAGAAGCAUCAGAUCUGAGCCUGUGAGCAGUGUAAAGGCCUCUCUGGGGGGG